AUGAUCUCGCAACUACUACGGUGCAUGCAAAACUUGGCGAGGAGAAAGUUACUGGAUAAAACGAUGCAGCUACUAUGGCUGGACCAUUUGCCGUCACCGGCACGAGCAGUCCUUGCCGCCGCUGACACAGAAGACAUUGUUAAAUUGGCCUACAUCGCUGAAGAAAUUUUGGAAAACACUAAACCUGAUCAGUUGCGGAUAGCUCAAGUAUCAACGAGUAGCACGGAUAAACUACUGCAGGAGAUUUCCAAAAUUACCGCGAAGAAUAUGGACAGGCCAAAGUCACAGCAGCGCUACAAACAUCGUGAAACUUCGCGUAGGCGUAUUCCGUUCCAGUCAGGAAACUCUCAGAGACGCCAAGAUUGGUUUAGCUUCUACCAUCAUCGUUUUUGUGAACGGGGUAAGAAGUGCGCAAUGCCGUGCAUC